CUGCAUCCAGGUGGUGCUCAGGAGAGGUUUGUUCCCAGUAAAGAUACCUGGCAGCUGGACAGGGGAAGUGAAGACUCCAUGAAGCUUAGGAUCCAAGAUGAACUAGAAGCCAGUGCUCUAGUCCCCUCUGACCUACUGUGCUAUCAGCUGGAGAAGGUUCCAAAGGCCCCCACCAGCACUAACAGCCCCCAAUGCCCAUUCUUUUUCCCUCAGAUGCUCACAUAUAUUCUGAGCUUCCUGCCUCUGUCAGAUCAGAAAGAGGCCUCCCUCGUGAGUCGGGCUUGGUGCUGUGCAGCCCAGAAUGCCCUUCGGGAGAGCCUGGGUCUCAGGGGCAUCUGCUGCAUCAGCCUGACCAACCUGGAUGGCUCACCGGCUUCACACCAGGUGCUGCAGUCUGUUGCCCACCACCUGGGCCUGUACCUGCAGAGCUUGUGCCUUGGUGGGGGCAGCCCCACAGAGGCCUCCUUCGUGGCCCUGAUCCUGGGCUGCCCGGCCCUGCGUUUCCUUGACCUCAGUGGCUGCAACAGCCUCUUCACAUCAGGCAUGCUGCUAGCUCAGCCCAAGACAGCACAGCGGGUCCAGCAGGCACUGAGCGGCCUCCGUGAGCUCAAUCUGGCUAGCCUGCAGGACCUGACCGAUCUCAGCUUCAACCGGCUCAGCAGUUGUGUCCCCAGCCUGGAGCGCCUCGCCUUGGCCUACUGCCACCUCACCUUCGAGCCAGACCCAGCCCGGGGCUCCAUCGGCCCCCAGGAUUCCUCCCCUUCCCAACUCUCCUUCCGCAACCUGCUGCAAUUCGUGAAGGAGCAGGCUGGUAGGCUGCACGCCCUGGGCCUGAGUGGCACUGGCUUGCCACCCGAGGCCCUGCAGGCCCUGGGCCAGGUGGCCGGGCUGCAGCUGCAGGAGCUGAGCCUGCACAGCUGCCGGGACCUCUCCACAGAGGCUGUGGCCGCCCUUUGCCACCAGCAACCAGGCCUUACCUCCCUGGACCUCCGCGGCUGCUCAGAACUGGCUGAUGGGGCACUCUUGGCUCCCUAG